AUGGAUCGAAAAGCAAAACUGGUUGCUACUGAAUUGUCAGAUGAGACUUCUGAUCUUCAACCACCAGCUUCUAAUGGGCAAGGAUCCAAACCGAAGAAGACAAAGUCAAAGAUGAAGGGUACAAAUAGGCUCUCUAACAAAGAAUCUCCCCAACCAAGUAGUGAUUCACAGGAGCUAACUAGUACACAAAAACCACAACUAGACAUUGCAUCUGAUAAUGAUAGGGCUGCUCUUCCGGUUGAAAAUGAGGAGACUCUUUCUACAAAGCCCAUUGCCCAAGCAAGCACUGAGAAUCUACACGAUGCUGAAAAGGAUGUAUCUGUAUCCAGUGUGGACUCUGCAACAUUGCCUUCAAAUGGUGAGCUUCUCAAUGAAAAGGAUUUGGAUGUUCCUGUAGAGCAUCCUCCUCCAUUACCUGCGAAAGAGAUAGAGGUUGUCAGUGAAGAUCAUCCAAUUGAUGAUAGUCAAAAUAUCAAGUCAAGGGAGGCUGAUGUUCCUGUAAAGAUUGACGAAGAGAAAUCUCCAUCAACAGUUACUUGUUCUCCUGUAAAUAAGGAAACUUCAUUGAAAGGUGCCGACCUUAAAGUCGAACCUCUUGUCAAUCUAAAGAAGCAACCAGAGAACAAAGCUUCUCCUUUGACAGUACAGGACCAACUCGACGAGGCUCAAGGGCUGCUGAAGACUACAGUUUCUUCCGGUCCGUCAAAAGAAGCAAGGUUAGCCCGGGCUUGUGCUGGACUUCAAAGCCGCCUUCAAGAAUAUAAAUCAGAAAAUGCACAGCUGGAGGAACUUCUCAUUGCUGAGAGAGAGCUGACUAAGUCAUACGAGGCUCACAUAAAGCAGCUACAGAAAGAUUUGUCUAUGUCUAAAAGUGAAGUGACUAGGGUAGAGUCAGAUAUGGCUGAGGCUUUGGCUGCGAAGAACUCUGAAGUUGAGGCACUUGUCAAUUCUAUGGAGACAAUCAAGAAACAGGCUGCUUUAUCUGAAGGAAAUCUGGCUUCAAUGCAGGUCGCUUACACUUUCCUUUUCAGCAAACAUGGAGUCUAUUAUGAGAAACAGGGAAUUGACAGAGACAAGGAUGAUGCAGGUAUACUGGCUCUACGAGAGGAGCUGGCCUCUGCAGAACGGAGAGCGGAAGAAGAACGUACAGCACAUAAUUCUACCAAAAUGGCAGCUAUGGAGAGGGAAGUGGAAUUGGAACAUAGAGCAAUUGAGGCAUCCACUGUCCUUGCUAGGAUGCAGAGAAUUGCAGAUGAGAGGACAGCAAAAGCAGUAGAACUUGAGCAGAAGGUGGCACUGCUAGAGGUUGAAUGUGCAUCUCUAAAUCAAGAGCUGCAAGAUAUGGAAGGUCUUGCUCGCCGUGGACAAAAGAAGUCCCCAGAAGAGGCAAAUCAAUUGAUUCAGGGUUCUUCUUUCAGCAUUACAUAUAAUUCUAUUAUUUACUCCAGGAUAGCGGAACGCGAGAGGAAAGAUGUUAUACGAUGUACUGAAGUGCAGAAAAUGAGAGUUGAAAUGGCUGCCAUGAAGAGGGAUGCUGAGCACUAUUCACGUCAGGAACAUAUGGAGCUAGAGAAGCGCUACCGCGAACUAACUGACCUAUUGUACUACAAGCAAACUCAGUUAGAAGCCAUGGCUAGUGAAAAAGCAGCUGCAGAGUUUCAGUUGGAGAAGGAAGUAAAACGUCUUCAAGAAGCACGGGUUGAGGCAGAGAGAAGUAGAGCUUCCCGUCGAACAUCUUCAUCUUGGGAAGAAGACACUGAAAUGAAGGAAAUAGAGCCCCUUCCCUUGUAUCACCGUCACAUGGUUGGGGCAAGCAUACAGUUGCAAAAGGCAGCAAAACUAUUGGAUUCAGGAGCUGCCAGAGCCACAAGAUUUUUAUGGCGGUAUCCAACUGCUAGACUUAGUUUGCUUUUCUAUCUGGUAUUUGUGCAUCUUUUCUUGAUGUAUUUGUUGCAUCACCUUCAGGAACAAGCAGACAGUUUUUCUGCUAGAGAAGUUGCUGAAUCUAUGGGUCUCGCUAACCACACUUUACCAUAA